GUAGGAGAUAGUUGAAGAAGAAGAAGAAGAAGAAGUUUGCCAUCUGCGCCUUGGUGCGCAGACUCUCUCCUCUUCGCUGUGUCGUUGAUUGUUCUCCUCUACAGCUACCUACCUAGGUAGUCACGCAAGUCACACGCACACAGAGAGACGCAGACUCCCGCUGGUGCUGGUGCUGGUGCUGGUGCUGGUGCUGGUGGUGCUGGUGACGACGAUGCAGCACAGAGGAGUGCCCUAUUCCAUUCGAACCGCCAUACAGAAUGUCUUUGCAGAGGCUCGAACCAGCUCAUGGACAACGCAGACACAGACAUACCCUCCUCCUCAACGCCGACGAGACUUCCACGACUACUUCGUGACCCAUCUUCCCUCCUCCUCAUUGUCACCGGACAAGAGGAAUCCGUCAGACCACAAGCUUCCUCGUUCCCACUCGACACCGCACUCGGGACCCUCGGACCGCAUAUCACGCCCUCCUAGCGAUCGCGAGACGACUGUCGUACGGAUCCCCUUGAGAAGCGCGAAGCAUCACUUUGGCGCCGGUGUGAGUAGAGGCAGUCGACCCUAUAAUGAGGACACCUUCCAGGCCGGGACUGUCGAGAUCCCUGCCUUCGCCAAAAAGCAGCCUGUGAGCAUUGGAAAGCGGGACAUUGGUCAAAAUGCAGGUUCUACGAGGGCCACCGGCGACCCUCAGGUCUUCUAUUUCGGCGUCUUUGAUGGCCACGGCGGGAGUGAGUGCUCAGAGUUCCUGCGCGAUCGACUGCAUGGCUACAUAGAAGAAGCAGCAUUGCUGUUCGGCCUUCAGAGCACACUGCGCAAGGAGAAUGCCGAUGGAGACCCCAUCGAGGAACCUGGUAUCAUGGGAGAGCAGGAUGCAGAGGAUCUACAAAGAAGUCUGGUCACUUCGUGGAAAGAGACAGUCGGAGGGUAUUUUAAGAGAUUUCGACCAGAAUACUUCCCCGCGGUGGCAAGCGACGACGACCCAGCAGCGAGCAGCAAUACCAUUGAGACGGUGCUCACUUAUGCUUUCCUUAAAGCUGAUUUGGACUUUACAACCGCACAAGCGAAGAAGCAGAGCGAAGAGGCAAGCGUGGAGGAACAAGAUGCGCUGAAAGCACUUCGGGAAAAGGCUUCUUCCAGCGAUGACCCAGUCAUGGGAGACAGACCUCUCAAUGACGGAGAUAUGCUAUUCCAUCCCGAACGAGAAGCUUCGCAGAAUCUAAGCACUCGACCCGCUCCUCGAGGCUCAUCACCAAACCUCGACGACGCGAUUGGUGGGAAGAAGCGCUUUCAAGGUGGCUCUACAGCUUCGAUCGCGCUCAUCUCCACCCCUACGCCCACUCCGUUUUGGCAUCCGAACAGUCCGAGCACCUUGACUGCAGCACAUGUGGGAGACACUCGCAUCCUCCUCUGCAAGACCGACGAUGGUCAGGCGGUGCCCGUGACCCAAAACCAUCACCCAUCGAUGCCAGUCGAAGCGCGGCGCCUCCGGAGAUACGCCACCUCUUUCGUGACAGACAGUUUCGGAGAAGAGCGCAUACUGGGUCUGGCCAACACCCGAGCGUUUGGUGACAUUGGCAGCAAGCGUAUCGGCGUUUCAGCAGAACCACAAAUCACCACGGUUCAUCUUCCAUCAGCGGGCUACUCGUUCCUCGUGCUCAUGUCAGAUGGUGUCUCCGGCCAUCUCGAAGAUCAGGAGAUUGUCGACAUUGUGAAGGAGGCAAAGACUCCUGAACAGGCGUCUCGAGACCUGGUCAGCUUUGCUGUGGAAACAGCGGAAGAUGCGGAUAACGCGACGGCACUGGUCGUUCGGCUGGGCGGCUGGGAACGAAGGGGCGAAGGGGGGAAUGGAAGCUUUGGAACCAAAGAGCAGAGAGCGUUCCGACAGAGCGAAGCUGAUAACCCCAGAUCGAGACGACAGUAGAGUGUGGCCACAUGACCAGGCAUGAUUCCCAAUGCCACUUGAGAUCUACAAACAUACAGCUUUGUCCACCUCAUCCCCGCAGAAAUGUGGUUUGUCGAAGAUUUUCAGUAGGGCGCGCAAAGCACCUGGUGAUGAUGAAACUCCACAGUCUCCAUCAUCGUCGACAUGCACUUUGACAUGUCGUUUGACAACUUCUCCGCAUGAACUCGAGCUCAUUCCGGCCAGCGAUUGGCUGGGUCGUUGGGGGCGCCUGUUUGUGUCUAGGAUAACCCCACAAGCAUCAAGCAUUGAAUGUUGUUCCCUGGGCAAGGGACCAGCCUGUCUGGGGACAGGCCAUUCGGGCCCGCACAGGCCAGACAAUAUUACGAUGGAUCUCAUUCGCACGAUGUCAACAAGCUGUGAAAUGUCACUCAGUCACUGUGAAAGGAUAGCGGCGUGCUGGUAAAUCGAUCGCACCGCGGGACCCUCGAGCCCACGUCGUAUUUCAUGCACGCAUUGCGCCAGCGUUCCAUGCUCUCUGCUCCAGGUGCCUCGGAUUUUCAUGUCAUCCAUGAUAUCACAGUAGUGGUUUCUCAGGAGGAAACUCUGGUGACCUCCUGAACGAGUGUUGAGUAUAUGCAUAUCUCUCCUUAUAUAUAUAUAUGUGACUAGAGCACCCUGAUUUCCUUGCGACUCACUUCUAGCUCCCACAAACCAGAUCAAAAGAAAACAACCCUUCAAGAGCAAAAGACCAAAAACAAAAAAGAAACCCCAUCUCCCACCAAACCACAUAUCCAAGAUGAAUCCCCUCCACUGGUCCCUCACCACCCUCCUCGCCCUCGCAACCCUCAC